CCCCGUCAACAAUUAUCCUCCCCCAGACCAAAAGCUCGCCCGAAAGUGUUCAACCUCAUAGGGUCUCAGUCGUGAUUUUCGCGUGACAUCUUUUUCGAUUUUUAUUUCUGAGCCUUGGGACCGCUGGAAAAUUCCUCGAAAUGGCUGCAGUCAACGCUUUGCCCUCGCAGCCUUCCGCUGUUUACCCUAACAGCCACGUCGGUUUCGACAGCAUCACCUCUCAGAUUGAGCGGAAGCUGCUGAAGCGCGGCUUUCAGUUCAACGUUAUUUGCGUUGGUCAAACCGGCCUUGGAAAAUCGACCCUCAUAAACACAAUCUUCGCCUCCCACCUGAUUGAUUCCAAGGGCCGACUUACUCCGGACGAGCACGUGCGAUCAACUACCGAAAUCCAGGCGGCAUCACACAUUAUUGAGGAAAAUGGCGUUCGUCUGCGCCUGAACAUUGUCGACACUCCCGGCUACGGAGACCAGAUCAACAACGAUAGAUGCUGGGACCCUAUUGUCAAGUACAUCAAGGAUCAACAUUCCGCCUACCUUCGCAAGGAGCUCACCGCGCAGCGUGACCGUUAUAUCCAGGAUACUCGCAUUCACUGCUGCUUGUUCUUUAUUCAGCCUUCCGGCCAUGCUCUCAAACCGAUUGACAUUGUCGUCCUCAAGAAGCUCUCCGACGUCGUCAAUGUUGUUCCUGUCAUUGCCAAGUCAGACUCGCUGACCCUGGAGGAGCGCGCUGCAUUUAAAGAGAGGAUCAAGGAGGAAUUCUCCUUCCACAACCUUAAGAUGUACCCCUAUGACAAUGAUGAGCACGAUGACGAAGAACGUGCAUUGAACUCACAAAUCAAGAGCAUCAUUCCCUUUGCCGUUGUUGGCUCCGAAAAGUCUAUUGUCGUCAAUGGCAAGCAGGUGCGCGGAAGACAGAACAGAUGGGGCGUAAUCAAUGUCGAGGACGAGAACCACUGCGAGUUCAUCUACCUGCGCAACUUCCUCACUCGCACCCACCUGCAAGACCUUAUUGAAACAACGUCCCAAAUCCACUACGAGACCUUCCGCGCGAAGCAAUUGCUCGCCCUCAAGGAAAGCAGCGCCGCUGGUGGCCAUAGCAGCCGUCCCAUUAGUCCUUCAGCUGAGCGGGAAUUGAGCCGGAGUUCCCAGAGCAACACCCAACGUAAUACCCUGAACGGAUACUAAGUCCAUUUAAUCAAAGUUCUAUGUUAAUUGGCAUUUUUAUUCUUCUGCGGAUGAAGAGUUCCGUUUCUUCGAAGCCCAUCAGCUUUUGCCCGGCCUUGGCAUUUCUUCGAGCUCUAACUGACAGAUAUUUAUUGCUUUGACCUCGGCGGCGGGAAAAGAGGUAAAAGCAUGCCCUUAUUUCAUAUACCUAUUUUAUUUUAUUUAUUAAGCUUGUAGUUUCUUCUGCUUUGACCAAUUAAAACAUUUGUAAUUGCAUUUGCUAGACUUGGUCUCGGCGUGAUAUUAAUCGCAACUAGCAUCGUAUAUCAAUCUGAGCUAAAG